GGGAUUCGUAACAACCUCUCGACCACGAAGGUCAUCAAAAUAUAGUUAUUUUGUAUCUGUUGUGGCCACUGUCCUGCCCUUAUACGGCCCUGCUAAACAGAAUAAACGAUAUUAAAUUUAACACUGCUGGCGACAAUGUAUUCCACAAUUUUUAUCGUAUGUGGUAGAAAAUUUUCGACAAAAUCGCACGGUAGUGGGUAACCACGCAUCAAGAUGAUGGCGAUGCAAUUCUUCUGAACACUCGGCUUGAUAAAUGCUAUAGAAUAUGCAGAGCGAAGCUACAUCCCUACGCAAAGCAAAAGGAUCAAGCUAAUCAGAAAGGUUCUGGUCAUCGUCGAAUCGAGUUGUUCGGUACUGGAUGCGAUCUAGAAGGAAAAGCUUGUACUAGGAUGCCCCCGCCCAAAGAUCAGAACAGUACUCCAUGUGAGGCCGAACUAUAGCAACCGGUUGCAAAUCAGAACUUGCAAGUUACAUCUAUAUAAAUAAAACUCAAAGGAAUCUCAUAGCGAUGUAUGCGCAGCUGGUAUGUCGCCAACCUGCUAUAAAAGGGCCAGUUCAUUGUGGUGCAACAUCUAAGCUAUAUUUGGUUGCAUCGUACGCGAUGAGGCACAUAAUUGUGAUGGUUAUCGCGAUGGCUUGCUCCACAAAUUCCGAAGGAAAAACUACAGCUCUAGUGGAUAGUACAGAGCAAGCUACCGCAGCAGCAAGCAGCGUAGCAACUACUUCCAAUGUUGCAGUAGCAGAAGCUACCUCGUCAUCGACCCUAACAUAUAAACCAUACGACCCCUAUCCAACAUACCCACCUUACCCUACAUAUCCCCCAAAUACUGUACCCUCACCUAGCUCUCUGUCUUCCCCAAGCACUCCACAGCCACCUACUACUAACAUAUAUCCUGCCUAUAAGCCAUACGAGCCCUAUAAACCAUACGACCCCUACCCCGUAUAUCCCAUUAACGGUGUUAGCCCUACUUCCCCAUCCUCUCCAAGCGAGGAUAUACCUGCUAGCGAAUUACCUCCCAAAUCCCCAUCAAGUGUUACGCAAUCUCCUUCUGCUGAUAUUUACCCCACAUAUAAGCCGUAUCCAACGUAUAAGCCAUAUCCCACAUAUAAGCCAUACGACCCCUACCCCGUAUAUCCUAAUAACAGCCCUAGCCCUACUCCCCCUACCUCUCCAAGCGAGGAAAUUCCCACUAGUAUAAUAUCUCCUGAAUCCCCCUCAAGUGUUACGCAAUCUCCUUCUGCUGACAUAUAUCCCACCUAUAAGCCUUAUCCUACCUAUAAGCCAUAUCCUACCUAUAAGCCAUAUCCCACGUAUAAGCCAUACAACUCCUACCCCAUAUAUCCUAACAUCGGCGCAACCCCUACGCCCUCUUUCUCUCCAAGCGAGGAUAUACCUGUUACUGAAUUACCUCCCGAAUCACCUCAACCUGCUCUGCAAUCAGCUUCUACUUACACAUAUCCCGCCUAUAAGCCAUAUCAGCCCUACCAGCCCUAUAAGCCAUACGACCCCUAUCCCGUUUAUUCCACUAACCGUUAAAUCGCACCUUCUUAGUUUAAAAUACCGUGUCAUCCCUAUCCUACAUAUCCACCUUACCCCAAAUAUACUAUAGGGCCCAAAGCCAAAUAGUUGUAAGAUUUAAAUAAAAUAACCUUAUCCCACUCAUUUUUUAAGUACAAAUCAAAUGGAUUGAUCAAUUGCAAUGAAAUUGUUAACAUAAUAAUUAAAUUUAAAAAAUAAUAAUGCUCCAAAAUAUAUAUUUAAAAAAAAACUGUACAGUACCCUUAGUACGAGUUUUACAAUUACGAAAACUAUGAUAGUUUUCGUGAGCUCGCACUCGUAUUAAGGGAAUUGAUUUUAUUGUUUUGGUUUCAAUACAAAUAAACAGUGUUUAAAUUCUAUCAUUAAAUCAUUUGCGUCUUCUUAAAUUUUAAGUAUAUUUGGUUACUUUUCACCAAAAUGGACAUAGAAACAUAAUUUACAAUUACGAAAACUAUGAUAGUUUUCAUGAGCUCAAACUCGUGCUAAGGGUACUUGUCCUAUUUUAAGGCCACAGCUCAUUAGAACCAUCCGGCACCCGACCAGCACCGCCUCAACUCGUGCGGUUGAUAUUAUUUGUACGGGUUGCUAUGGAUAUACGUUUACUACAUGAAUUCCGUGCCGUUACCGGAUCGCGUCGCUCGCAAGCUGUCUGCCUGCGGAAGGCGGUAAUAAGA